GCCCCCUGCCCAGAAGGCCCUGCAGGGACGCGGCUCUGCCCCUCCGGAGCUUGCAGGGUGUGCGGUCUAUCCCGCAGUAUGAGCGCCCCCGCCGCGACCCCUAUCUUCGCGCCCGGCGAGAACUGCAGCCCCGCCUGGCGGGCUGCGCCCGCGGCCUACGACGCGUCGGACACGCACCUGCAGAUCCUGGGCAAGCCGGUGAUGGAGCGCUGGGAGACCCCCUACAUGCACGCGUUGGCGGCUGCCGCCGCCUCCAGAGGGGGCCGGGUGCUAGAAGUGGGCUUCGGCAUGGCCAUCGCAGCCACAAAGGUGCAGGAGGCUCCCAUCGAGGAGCACUGGAUCAUUGAGUGCAACGAGGGCGUCUUCCAGCGGCUCCAGGAUUGGGCCCUGCAGCAGCCACAUAAGGUGGUUCCCUUGAAAGGCCUGUGGGAGGAGGUGGCACCCACCCUGCCAGACAGUCACUUUGAUGGGAUCCUGUACGAUACGUACCCGCUGUCGGAGGAGACCUGGCACACUCACCAGUUCAACUUCAUUCGGGACCAUGCCUUCCGCCUGCUGAAGCCAGGGGGUGUCCUCACCUACUGUAACCUCACCUCCUGGGGGGAGCUGAUGAAGACCAAGUAUUCGGACAUCACCACCAUGUUUGAGGAGACGCAGGUGCCGGCCCUGCUGGAGGCGGGCUUCCGGCGGGAUAACAUCCGCACGCAGAUCUUGGAGCUGGUCCCGCCAGCCGACUGCCGCUACUACUCCUUCCCGCGGAUGAUCACGCCCCUGGUCACCAAGCACUGAGCCCAAGGGCCAGCUGCCCACGCCGCCUGGGGGACCUGGGUUUCGGGAACCCCUACCCCUACUCAGUGCCUUUGUGACCGGAAUUGAGGGCUCCAGCCCUCAGCCCUGGUCCAGACCCACGCCAGCUUCCCUGUCCCUCUCUGCCAGAGGACCUGGGGAUGAAAUAAACGCUAAUGCUGGUCUGGCCCAUCAGCAGUGGGACACAA